GGGGGAGGCUGGUCACUUCCGUUGCUAGGUUCUUUGUAUUGGGAACGUGGAUACUGCCGCCUCUUGCACCUCCUCAGCUUCACUGCUAGCAUCUUGCACUGGAGCCACCUCUUUUGUGUGCUUUAAUGUACAUCUGGGUUGAUUGUGUACAGUCUUAAAAAGUCUCUGCUCAUUUUCUCUCUGGGAUUUGCUCUGAGGUACCAUCUAUUUUGCCGGUUUAAUGGUAUUGUGGCCUGUUGCGCUUGUGAAGUUUUGAAGCAAAGGACGUUAUCUUUGGAAUAUCUAUUUUAUUGGUAUCUUUAUUCAUUUAACAGAAUGAAACAGUUCAAGAGGAAAAGGAAAAGCAAUUUUACACUGAAAGAAACCGAAAUCUUACUGAAGGAAGUGAAGGAUAAAAAAGAAAUAGUAUAUACACAACAACAUGAUGCAGUGACCAAUGAGCUAAAAUGGAUGGCUUGGAAGGAAAUUGCAGAAAAAGUCAGUGCUGCAAGUAGUGGUGAACAACGUACUGCAUAUGAAGUAAAGAAGAAAUAUACCGAUUUAAAGUGUUAUUUGAAGAAAAGAGGGGAAUGCUUAGACCGGAUGGAAGCAAUAAUGACUGACUGUAGCCCUAGUUCACUCCACUGUUUUAAUCGCAAUGUGUUCAAUGGUGGAACAUCUUGUCAUUUUGAAGAUUCUUUAUUGGUCAAUGAUCCCAGUCGAUCCCUUUGUGUAAUCAAAGUAGAAGGUGUGGCUGAUGAUGUGGAAGAGGAGGAGGAAGAGGACCAGGAGCCACAAAAUCCCGAGAUUAGAAACAUGGAGGAAGAAUCUGGUGCUAUUGCAAGUUCACUUUCUAUUAUUCAGGGAUUGGAAGAAACCGAUAACUUUUCUGAAGCGGAGGGCCAUUCUUCACGUUCUGAUGUACCUACAGCGUGGAAUUGCAGCCCAGAUGCACUUUUCUAUAUAGAGAAACAGCGGUUAGAAUUGGACAAACAACGCGUGGCCCUAGAAUCUGAAAGACUGGAGGUGGAGAAAGAACGUUUGCAAAUUGAAAGAGAAAAGUUGCGUUACCUGGAUAUUGCAAAUGAAAGGCUGCAGUUGGAAAAGGUUCGCUUGCAGCUCGAGAAAGAGCGUUUGCAAGUCAAGAGAGAGAAAUUGAAGCUAUUAACAAUGCAGGCCAGUAAGUUAUCUCGGGAGAAGGAAUGUAACUCUCUGGCCGAAAGUACAAGUUUAAAGCAUAUGGAUAUUGAAGCAGAAAAGUUAAUAUUGGAGAAAGAGAGAUUACAGCUAAAAAAAGAGAGAUUGCAGUUCUUGAAUAUCGAGUCUGAAAAACUCCAGAUAGACAAAGAGCGCCUGCAAAUUGAAAGAGAACACUUGCAGUUGCAAAAACAUUGCCAAAAAAGUAAUUCCAUUUAAUUAUUGGCAUAUUUUUAAACCUUAAUCUUUAUCCAUCGUUCUAAAGAUUUUUUUGCUACAAUGAGUUAUAGAAAAUGCCAUCCAGUCCGCAAGGAUUUUGUCACUAAUUUCAUGAUCUCUUUCAGGGAGAUCGAAUCUUAAUGUCAACUUUCAAAUUCAAAUUGGUUAACACGAGCCAACAGCACACAAUGCAAAAUGUUAAAUUUGAAUUUUGAUUGUGUAUGCUUAAGUGGUAUUGACAUAUGAAUUUGUAUUUAUUGGAAGGAUCUUUUCAGACUAGUCAAUUUUUCUUAGUAAAAGUCUUAGUGAAUUUUACUGUAGAUAGGUCCUGAUCCAAAAUGUUCUCCAGGGAUCCAUGUUCUCCAGGGAUGCUGCCUGACAUGCUGAGUUAAGCCAGCUUUUUGUCUCUUUCCUUGUUAAAUUAGCAUUUGCAGUUCCAUGUAUCUAGAUUUUUCCUAUAAUUCGUUUCCAAAAGACUUGCUGGCCUUGACAUCAACCACAUUAAUCAUCUUCAAAGGAAUUGCAACAAAGUUGUUUAUUCACUAAUGACAUUUCACACCAAUACCUAUAUAUUUGGGCUCGUAUAUUUGUUAUUAUUGACAGAUCUACACUUGAGCUAGUGUCUAAAACCAUACCUAUAGCAACUCUAGACCAUGUCUACAAGGAGUAUAAGAGACAACAUACGAACAUGUGAAAUAUUUUUUAUGGUAACCUUUGGUUGUUACCCCAUUUCAGUUUUAACUUCUUGCAUUCAACUUGAUUGUCCUGAUUUCUUCUGUAAAAUCAAUUAAUUCGAAAUUCUGAUGUUUUAUUCGUGGUUUCAAUUUUCAAACACAAUUCAGCUGAUCAAGCUCAACUUCUUUUAGAGACUUUCCUACCUUGUUUGUCCUGAUCAGAUUCGGUCCCGGGCCAUGGAAAUGAAAAAGAUGUCUCAUGCGGCAUUGUGUUAGCUAGUCCCUGGCACUACAUAGUACUACGAGAGAAACACAGAAAAUCCAUCUCUGCGGCCAAUCUAGCCAAAUGAUGUUGGAACAUUUAGGUUUGUUCUUCAAAAUACUACUGAGUCCUGUGCAAUAACUGUUUUUCAGUUCAGUUCAGUUUUAUUUAACACAGGGUCAACGGUACAAUGAAAUGUGUUUGACAAGACAAUGGGUCACCUCAGCAGUGAUAUUAUUAAGAUAAAAAAAGAUAGGAUAAAAGUGACAUUGGUAGGUAAAAGUUAAAAGACAAUAAUGUUCUCACUAAGUUGUCAAAACCAAAUAACUCCAUUGUUUUUUAAAAAAAGGUCAAUAAGGGCAUUGUAAUCCUGAGCCUGUGAGUUAGUGAGAAAAGUUUCACUAGAAUUAACGUUGUAAGUCAUUUCCAGUGGAAAGAUAUUAUAUUUCAUAUGACUGCAACUUUACAGUUAGACAGACAACCUCUACCUCUAGUUUUGAGAUUUACUUUUGUUUACAUGGAAGUAAAACAUUUUUUUUAAUCACUUAGUUUUAUGAUAUCAUCCCAUUUCAGUUACUAAAUGCUAGUCCAUUUCGGUAACUCAUCGUUGGUGGGGUGUCAAGAUUUAUCAUAACUUAUUUGCACAGUAGAUAACAUAUCUGUUGAUUAGAAAGUUUGCACUGUGCUUUUAGUAAAUUCAGGCACUGUGAUAAUUGGACUACUGACAUAAUUCAGUUGCUUUAAAAUGAAUCAACUUUUCAGCCUAACAAAGCUAAAGCUGUACAUUUUCUUCAUUUGAGCUUUUAAAUACUGGAUUUAAUAAAUUAUUGUUCAGUUUUAUCAAUUUCCAUUCAGCACCUUUUGAUAAGUUUUCUGGGAAGAAGUUUGCAAGUAGAAUUUGUGAUGAUGAUUGAUAUCUAACCUCCCAAUUUACUUGCAGAAGAAAGAAAUGCACCAAUUUUGUUUUUGCUAUUCUGUAAUAUGCAUUUUUUAAUUCAAAUAGUAUUUAGAAAAAAAACUAGUGAAUUACAAGACUAUACUGUGCUUGGUUUUAGGAAUACUGUGAAUUAAACUAAAUUUCUAGUCCCUUGUAGUUAUACCUAAUCCAAAUAUGCAAUUUAGGAAAAUAUCAAAGGGUCUUGUUAAGUACCAAAGGGAAAACUAAUAUAACAAUUAGUCUGUUGUAUCAAUAAAUAUGCACUACUAUUUUACUUGGCUGACAAAGGUUUAACAUGUUUUUGUUACUUGCACUAAAUAUCACUGGCUGCAUUAAAAAAAAAACCCAUAAACAUUGCUGUAUUUGCAUGUUUAGUGCAAGCAACCAUGGAGAAAUUUCUAGCCCAAAUAGUUUAAAACCAAGUUUUUCCAAAUACUUUUCUUGUCGCUUGUAAUAAGUGGAACAGGGCCAUAUAAACCAAUGUAGUUAUUUCAUUUAGACUGACAAAUCAGAGACUGCAGAGUACUUCAAUUUUCUUAAUCAAUGUACUUGGUCCUGGUUGAUACUCAGUAAAAAAAACAUCACCACGUUCCUAAAACACUUAACAUAGCAGUCCAUUGAGUGUGGGUUUGAGUUUCAUUUCUCUGCCAGUUUCUUAUGUGAGAAAUGGCCAUUGCAGGGAGAUGUUGUGUGGUUGGGUCAAACAACCCAAGGAAUUUGGGGUAUAUUUGUAGUUAAGUAGCAAAGGGAAACUACUUAAGGAAAACAAUAGUAAAUAUAUUAUACUGGCAGAUCUAUGCACUCAAUUUGCUUUAAGUCAACUUUCUUUGAACGAUAAACAAGUGACUGGAGUGGUGACGUGUAGCCUUAACUUCAUGUUUGGAACUGACAAGUAAAAUUCUAAUUAAAUUGUUAAAUAUAGUUUCGUGCUAAUGGCACGCAUUAACGCCCAGAACAUGUAGCGAGCUACUAAUUCUGAAACCCAGGCAGUUCUAGUAGUAAUUAUAGUUGUUAUUUACUAGUUUGAAUUGUCUAAAUUCUGUGAGUAGAGAUUUGGAAAGGGCUUAUUGAGGCACUGUUGAUCUUGGUGAAUAGAUCGAUAAUGUGUUUAUAAGUUUAAUAAGAGAGAAUAUUUUAACUUUACAUGUGGCCCCAGAGCAUCACCUAAAUAAUUUUUAAAUAUUCUGUCAAAUUCUAGUGGUGCUCACAAAGCUACAAAGACAAAAAAAAAAACGCUUCUGGUCAAAUUAUUGUCUUUGCUAUUAAUUGCAUUGAAAACUGGGUCAUAAUGUUGGCUUCAUCACUUCAUCCAAAGACCAAAAUGAAAAUGUAGC